GGGCACGAAAAUUGAGGUAACUCGCGAUUGGUGGGAUAUAAUCAUUGACGAUAGUUGGAGAGCUGUGAUAAGGCUGUUUUAUAAAGUUACACUCACGUGCUCGCCGUCAUUUUGAAAAGGGUGUCGAGCAGUGCGGUGUCGUUUCCUCUUACUAAUUAAUAACUCAAAAUGUGUGACGACGAAGUAGCCGCGUUGGUAGUAGACAAUGGAUCCGGUAUGUGCAAGGCCGGGUUCGCGGGCGACGACGCGCCCCGCGCCGUGUUCCCCUCCAUCGUGGGCCGGCCGCGCCACCAGGGCGUCAUGGUCGGCAUGGGACAGAAGGACUCGUACGUCGGUGACGAGGCACAGAGCAAGAGAGGAAUCCUAACUCUGAAAUACCCCAUCGAGCACGGCAUCGUCACCAACUGGGACGACAUGGAGAAGAUCUGGCACCACACCUUCUACAACGAGCUGCGAGUGGCUCCCGAGGAGCACCCCGUGCUGCUGACAGAGGCUCCCCUCAACCCCAAGGCCAACAGAGAGAAGAUGACCCAGAUCAUGUUCGAGACCUUCAACACGCCCGCCAUGUACGUGGCCAUCCAGGCCGUGCUGUCGCUGUACGCGUCCGGUCGUACCACCGGUAUCGUGCUGGACUCCGGCGACGGUGUCUCCCACACCGUGCCCAUCUACGAGGGAUACGCCCUUCCCCACGCCAUCCUCCGUUUGGACUUGGCCGGUCGCGACUUGACCGACUACCUCAUGAAGAUCCUCACCGAGAGGGGCUACUCCUUCACCACCACCGCCGAGAGAGAAAUCGUGCGUGACAUCAAGGAGAAGCUCUGCUACGUCGCCCUCGACUUCGAGCAGGAGAUGGCCACCGCCGCCUCCAGCAGCUCGCUCGAGAAGUCCUACGAGCUUCCCGACGGUCAGGUCAUCACCAUCGGAAACGAGAGGUUCCGUUGCCCCGAGGCCCUCUUCCAGCCCUCAUUCCUGGGUAUGGAGGCUAACGGCAUCCACGAAACCACCUACAACUCGAUCAUGAAGUGCGACGUGGACAUCCGUAAGGACCUGUACGCCAACACAGUGCUGUCCGGAGGCACCACCAUGUACCCCGGCAUCGCCGACCGCAUGCAGAAGGAGAUCACCGCUCUGGCUCCUUCCACCAUGAAGAUCAAGAUCAUCGCUCCCCCAGAGAGGAAGUACUCGGUAUGGAUCGGAGGCUCCAUCCUCGCGUCUCUGUCCACCUUCCAACAGAUGUGGAUCUCGAAGCAGGAGUACGACGAGUCCGGCCCGUCCAUUGUGCACAGGAAGUGCUUCUAAGCUGCCACUGAGACUGUUCCUAUAUGACACCGAGCCCAUCCAAUGGUUAGCUCAAAUUACGCUUGUGAUCUUAAUUUAGUAAUAACUAUUUAUAAAAUAGUUUUAAGGUGUCGUAAUAUGCAUAUUACGUAAUUAUUUUCGAAAGAUUUUCCUUUCGUUUGUUGACAAUUUAUUUUUGAUGUAUUUAUUAAAUUGUUACUAACCUGUGACCUUUAUAAGAAAAAUAUAAAACAAGAUACCGGUAUAA